AUGAGGAAACUAAUCAUCGUUCUGGGAAAGAGCCCAUUGGCUCCAGAAGGUCUACCAACCUGUGGUCCAGACGGACCACCCGUUCUAGGAGGACUCAACCUAAGCGUGGCCCCAGCACAUGGACCACACGUUCCCAGAGGACCAACCCCGACGUUGGUCCUAGUACACGAACAACACGCUCAAGGAGAACUCAACGUGGGAGUGGCUAGAAUCUUGGGAAGAGGGAUGAAGAGCCCAAUCGUGGAGGUGCCCAGUCUAUGGGAGAAGUUGUCUAGGGAUUUCAAGAAACAGUUUGAGGCUGCUAGGGAUAGACAACCCGAAGCGGCCUCGCUACCCAAUAUAAAGCAGCAGCCCAGUGAGACACUUAAGGCAUACUUAAGUCGUUUUAGCAUGGUUGCGGCUAGGGUUAGGAAUUUGGAUGACACCACACAACUUACAGCCCUUCAGGCAGGGAUCUCUACUGAUCCAUCAACUGCAGGGGGCGAGCUAUGGGACGACUUACAAGGUUGUCUAGUAAGAAGCAUCACUGAGUUCAACGAAAGGGCUCAGGUAUUCGUUCGGAAGGAAGAAGCCCGAAAGGAAAUGAAUUUGUUGAAAAUAAGUUUGGGAGGCAAACCCAGCAAUGUUUCAACAAGUACUGUUUCCACGAGAAUUGAUAACUCGGGGGCUUCUGGUUCGAAAAGAAAGGACGGUUCUAAGGAACCGUCAAAGGAUAAAAAGAAACAGAAGAAGCUCGAUAAGUACGUGACAGGGUUACAACCUCUUCCUAUUGAAGGAGAGGGCAUCCUGGUUAUUUCGGGAGGGCCACAUAUCGUAGGGGAAAGCAAUAACGCCGAAAAAAGAUAUGUGAAAGAGAUAAAGAACGAGCAAUCGAUGUUUGUCCCAGAACCUCCCAAGAAGGUGAAAACCGAGGAACCUCCAAUUACAUUCACGGAGGAAGACGAGAAAAACGUGAGAUAUCCUCACGUUGAUCCAUUGGUGUUUACCAUUCAACUCGCCAAUAAAAGGAUCAAGAGAGUGUCAAUAGACAACGGGAGCUCAGUAAAUAUCAUUUAUAAGGAAACUAUAAGGAAGAUGGGGCUCGAAAAGGCCAAAUUGAGGCCUUGUAUGGUGAAUCUUUGCGGAUUCACCGGAGAUAGCAUUGCUAGUCUUGGCAUAAUCGAGCUCGCAUUAACCUUGGGCGAGGCACCCCUAUCUGCAACUAUUAUGCAAGACUUCUAA